AAGUUUUUUUUGUAAGUUUGAGCGAACACAAAAAAAAGAGAGAGAGAGAGAGAGAGAGAGGAGAAAACCCUAGCGUGUUGUUCAGUAGUGACUCUGGGGGGAGAUUUCUUGUUGUUUCCUCGGCAAAUCCAGCUUUCUCAUCUCUUUCCAUUUGUGGAAUCGACGGUGGCUUUAGCUUUUUCAUGCUCUCCGAAGUCCUCUGUUUCCGAAUCUAGGGUUUGUACAGAUCUAAUUGUAGACACCGCAACCGAAUCGAACGAGAGAAGAGAAACUAAGGAGAAGGCGAGUCAUGUCGGAUUCUGAUAAAGAGCUUGAGAAUCAGAUUCUUGAAGCUGGGGUUAAGCUUGUUGACCCACCUUCUUCAGUCGAUGAGCUUCUUGCUCUCCUUGACAAACUUUUCCUAUGCCUGUCAGAGGUCGAACAGUCACCUCCUGACUCAAUGCAGAAUGCACUCUCUCCAUUGAUGAAAGCAUUAGUCGGUGGAAAACUCUUCAAGCAUUUGGACGCCCAAGUGAAAGUUGCUGUCGCUGCCUGUAUCAGUGAGAUUACAAGAAUAACUGCUCCCGAUGCUCCUUAUGAUGAUGAACAGAUGAAGGAAGUAUUCAAGUUAAUUGUAUCAUCAUUUGAAGAUCUAGUUGACAAAUCUAGCCGUUCCUAUCCCAAAAGGAUCUCAAUCCUUGAAACUGUGGCUAAGGUCAGAUCAUGUGUUGUGAUGUUGGAUCUUGAGUGUGAUGCACUUCUUAUCGAGAUGUUCCAGCAUUUCCUGAAGUCUAUAAGGGACCAUCAUUCAGGGAAUGUAUUCUCAUCUAUGGAGAACAUUAUGACCCUUGUCUUAGAGGAGAGCGAAGAAAUACCUUCAGAGAUGCUGACACCAAUUCUACAUUAUGUUAAAAAGGAUGAUGAGGUUUCGCAAGUAUCACGGAGGUUGGCAGAAAAAGUUCUUAGUAACUGUGCUAGCAAGCUCAAAACAUAUCUGACUGAAGCAGUGAAAUCAUCGGGUAUCCCUUUAGAUAAGUAUAGUAACAUAGUGGUUUCGAUAUGUGAAGGGACAUUCAGUGCUUCGCAACAGGGCGAAGUUGUUGCGAAUGAAAAAGAUGAAAGGCAAGGUCAUAUAACAAUGGAAGCGGAAGUAGAGGAUAAGCAGAAGGCAGCAGAAAUUUGUACCCCUGAGCGAAUUGAUGCACCUAAAGAUGAAUCUGGUAAGUCUGGAGUUAGCAAUGGUGUUGCGCAACAGAAUGAUUCUUCCGUUGAUACUGAUUCCACAAAGAAGCAAGACAAUAUGGGUGACAAAGAUGAGCCGCAACAACUUGAUAAUCCUAGCAACACUGACUUAGAUAAUACUUCUGGAGAGAAGCCUGAUGUUGAAAGUCAAAUUAAAGAAAUAGAAGAUCAAUCGAGUUCUGACAAACAGGCAGAUUCGUCAAAAAAUUCAGAUGUCAAAGAGGAGACUGAACCUGUACCACUCCUGGACAGCAAGGAUGUGCUAACUUCACCUCCUGAUGAUUCAUCUGUUAAUGCAGUCAUUUCUUCUGAUAAUGAGAAGAAAACAAGUGUGCAAGCUUCACCACCUAAGACACCAGCAGAUGAAACUGCUAAUGUCAGUUCGACACCAGCAGAUGAAACUGCUAAUGUCAGUUCUCCAUCUAGGGCUGAGGAUCUUAUUGAGCAAAGCCUCCCUAAGAAGACUACAAACCAGAAGGAAAAUGAGAGCUCAACAAAGGAUGUCAAACCUUCUGCUUCAAUUGCUACCGAAGAAGCUCCUGAAAAACCAAACACUUCUGAAGCUCAAAUGACCAAAAAUUCUGGAAAGAAGGUUGCUUCGUCAAGUAAAGCAAAGCCUACUGUUCCUUCUUCUAAGAAUAGCACUACUGAGGCAAAAGCAACCAAGCAGUCAGAGAAAAAGGCAGUUGAGAGUGGUAAUGCACAAGAAUCCACGAAGCCAAAAGAGGAUAAGAAAAAGCAAGUACGUGGGAAAACCAUGGAUGAGGAGUCACUACACACUUCGUCUGGUGAUAAUGGAAAACCAGCUGUUUCCUCUGGAAAAUCAGCUUCAAAAUCAAAGAAAGAAGUGAAGCAACCAGUAGAAGAAAGUCCUAGUACAAACACAAAGAGAAAACGAAGUCUAGACAAAGGGAAGGCAUCUGAUCUGCAAAACCAUGAUGAAAAUUUAGUUGGGUCUAGGGUCAAAGUCUGGUGGCCUAUGGAUCAAGCGUAUUAUAAGGGUGUGGUCAAUUCUUAUGAUUCUGCUAAAAAGAGACAUCUGGUUUGCUAUGAUGAUGGCGAACAAGAAAUCUUGAAUCUUAAGAAACAGAAGUGGCAUGUUCUGGAUGAAUCAGGAUCGUCAGAGGAUGAAGAAGCUGCUGAUCAGACGGAUCAAGAUAAAGAAGCCUCGCCAGCGCCCCAGAGGAAGAAAACUAAGACAGGCAAGCAAUCAAAGAUGGACUCAUCAGCGAAAAAGGGUGGUGGAGCUGGAUCAAGCAAGUCUAAAGCUGCUCCUGCUUCCAAGAAGUCUCAGGAUGGCAAGACAGAUAGCAAACUAAAGUAUUCGAAGGAAUCUGACAGAGAAGAAGAGGAUAGCUCUGGAGAGUCGAGUGACGAAGAGGAAAACCCCAAAACCGUUGGUAAAUCAGGAAGCAGCAAGCCGAAGAAAAAUAUAAGCAAUGUAUCGAAAUCUGGAAAAUCGAAGGACCAAGGAGCGUCUGGCACAUCCAAAGCUUCAUCCAAGAAAAAGGAAGAGCCGUCCAAGACUACAACAACUUCAAAAUCCAAGUCAGGACAAAAAUCUGCACCAGCCAAAAGCAAACCAGGAAAGGGAAAGGCUAAAUCUGGUUCUGCAUCUACACCUGCCUCCAAAGCCAAGGAGAGCGAUGCAGAGUCAGAAUCUGAAGAGGAGACAAUCAAGGCGCCAGAAUCAGCAACUAAAGGGAAUUCAGGCAAGUCGAAGGGAAGUCAGGCAAAGUCUGGUAAGAAGAGGAAGCGAUGAGUCUCUGGCCUUUUAGGAAAGGCCCUAGCUCUUUUCUCUUAUGAAUUAUGGGUAUGUAAUUUAAGGUGCAAAGCUAAGCGUGAUGGUGUGUGGUGGUAAUGGGCUAAUGGUGGUUGCGGUGAGAAAUGGUGAGAGAGACUUGACGUCGUCUUGGGCAGUAGAAGUGUAGAAUUGUUUUUUAAAACAAGAAGAGUAGUAGUGGUGGUUUUUCAUUUACUUAGUAUGUAGUGUUAAGGUUGAUACGUAAGGUGGCUUUGGUUUAUUUUAAUUUGUUCUUAUUUUUUUGGCCACGUUCAUCUCUCUCUCCAUGGAGUUCUGCAGAUAAUUUUUUGGUAGGAUAAAAUUUAAACGCAUUUCGACUGUUAGCAGUUAUCUCACCACAUUGAAAAUUUGGAUUUUAUUUAGGUUUAUGUGUGUAUUUGUGUUUUGAUCA